UUUCCCAUAUUCUAAUUAUAACCUAUUAUUAACAAUGAGCGACACUCAUUCAACUCAUGGUGGCGGGACUUCCUCGGUCUACCGUGGUGUCCGCAAGCGCAAAUGGGGGAAAUGGGUGUCUGAAAUACGUGAUCCAUUGACCAAAUCCCGCAUUUGGCUUGGGAGUUUUGACACACCAGAAAUGGCAGCAGUGGCAUACGAUGCAGCAUCGUUUUACUUUCGGAAAGACAAUGCCAUUCUCAAUUUUCCACAAAUGGCAACAGCUCUCCCAAUCCCGGCUAGCCCCAGUGCUGACGACAUACGUGUGGCUGCUCACCAGGCUGCAUUGCUGGUUAAACCCUCCACAGCAGAGCUCGACGAUACUGGCUCCGGCUCGGCUCAGUAUGUGCCCACCAACAUUGGACUUUCGGCUAGCGAAAUCCAGGCUAUCAAUGAUUCACCACUUGAUACCCCAGAAAAUUGGAUGGAAUUUAAUUACAACCCGGGAUUGUAUUUUUCCAACGAUGCUAACUUUGAAUGUACUAGUGACUGGAAUGAAGUACCUGACGAUUCCCUCUGGAAUUCAUAACUCGGUUACAAAAUACCCAAAAGAUUUACGUAUUUCAUGUGUUAUAUGUAGGCAUGAUUAUACACAUAUAUAUAAUUAUAAAAGAUAGAUAAAUUAAAUGAAGCAAUAGUGCAUGAUUGCAUGGGGAUAUUAUGGGGUCUACCACUAAAACGACGGCUUUGUGACGCGUUCGUGCCACAGUUGUCGGAUAUAUACUGUGUCGUAUACUUGUAGCGUAAUCCAAAGAGCUGCUUUUUGAAAGCUUUUAGUGUGUUCUGUCUGUGGUUGUGAGUCUUGUUGGAAAAUAUCUAUUAAUGG